GUCCCCAAUCUUGAUCUGUUUCUGUCCACUACGCAUAUCGUCUGCACUUCUUUUUCUUUACUCCAGAUAUCUUUUAUUAAACCUGUCAAUCAGUCAAGAAGUAGUUUCCUCUAGUUUGGUUUCGAGCUAGUCAUGAUAUUUCCAUUGUUAGGCUCUUCUUUGCUAUUCUCGAUUUCGUGGUGAACACGUUCAGGUCCAAAAAUACACCAAAGACACUAUUCUGCGAGAUACACCAUCCUCUUAGUAUCCCCCUCCAAACCGCCUUUUUGAGUUCCUCAUUACCGCCGCAGUGUUGAGAGAUCCCCUGCACAUUUACAACAAAGGGCUUUAUCGAGUGGCGCAACCGAUAUGUUUAUUUACUACGACGACCUGUGAGACUUUCUCAUUCACGAGAUGGCCGGCCUAUUCGUUGGAACCAUGCCUCCACGUGGUUGCCUCGUCGACUUCCUAAGAAUAAAGUCACUGGAGAAGCUGAAGACAUCGCCGAAAGUCGACCUCUCCGGCGUGCCUUUCAAAAAGGUCGAAAAGGAUAUGUAUGAACCCUUAUGCAAUGCUAUCAACGAUUCUGGUAUCUGUGAUGGAUUCAAGUUGGUCGAAGUUUCAAGCUCAGUAGAGAGGGAUGACAUUCGACUACGCCCGGAUCUCGCUUUCGUAUCCUCCAGCGCUGAAGACCCGAUGGACUACACCAUUAUGGAAUUUUUCGUCGACGCUAAGCUUAGUGAUCUUGCGGAUCCCUUCUACGACAAGGACAAGUGCCUGGACGAUACCACCGAGAAUAUGACAGAAGAAAGUGCGGAGACUCGCGGACAGAUCAUAGCCUAUACAACCGCGUUACUGUCUCGCCAGCACAGACGAUUCACAUUCUCCAUUGUCAUUUGUGGCCAGUAUGCUCGGUUCCUCCGAUGGGACCGUGCUGGAUGCAUCGUCAGCGAUAUCUUCGAUUAUCUCGAAGAGCCGGACAUCUUGCUUGACUUUUUCUGGUACUAUGCGCGACUGACACGCGAAGAACGUGGCUUUGACCCAACUGUGGUGCCUGCUUCUGCUGCUGAGGCCAUACUCUUCUCUGAUGCCCUGUCGCGAUACAUUGAGGAAUCGAAACCACGGGACGUCAGCUAUCUGCAACCGAAACCCGAUUCUACCUAUUCAAUCUCCAAGAUGCCGAUUCCAAUGGCGAAGGGCAAUCGGGAGCUGAUUGUUGGCAAACCGUCCUGGGAUGCUGACUCUCCUGAUGGGACGACAAGGGCCUACGCUGCAUAUGACAUGGUGGGACACUCGAACUCUCGCUAUAUCAAGUGGGGUCCCCAAACUAAGGCCCAGCAUCUCGAACACGCUAGGAUUUUCCCACUUGGUGAAUUCUCUCUGGAACAGCGCCGUCAGUUCGAACAAUAUGCUAGGACAGCUAAAGUAGCUGUCCACCGUUACCGCCUCAAUGCCUCUCAGAUCUAUGUUGAAGACAUCCUCCUUCUCGCGGCUGCGGGGGGGGGGGUCUCCUUACUGAUGCGGUCGUCCGGGGGGUUCUUCAAGCAACUGGGUGGUACAACAGACCCUAACCUUUGAAAGGAUGGCCUAUAUUAAAUACAAGGGAGUUCGAAAAAUAUUGGGCGAUUGCCUAGCUAGUCUCGCAACGUUGUCAGAUUUCUCCACCACUAUGCACUGUCUUGAAUGCUACCAUACCGCUCAUUCAUGUUUCAUUCAUGUUAACCACUACCUAUCAUGUAAUUUUGUCAUUUAAACACCUCCAUACCUCAUUUCGAGUACUGAACACUGCAUCUCGUUUCUAUGUUUGCAAUGUUUGUAAUAGCAUCAUGCAUUAUGAAAGACGACCGUCGUGACCUCGU